CGGAAGUGCGAGGCCGAGGAGAGCCACGUGGGUCGAGCUGGGGCGCAGCUUGUAUGGGGCGCAGCUCGCAUGGGGGAGUCUAUCCCGCUGGCCGCCCCGGUCCCGGUGGAACAGGCGGUGCUGGAGACGUUCUUCUCUCACCUGGGUAUCUUCUCUUACGACAAGGCUAAGGACAAUGUGGAGAAGGAACGAGAGGCCAACAAGAGCGCGGGGGGCAGCUGGCUGUCGCUGCUGGCGGCCUUGGCGCACCUGGCCGCGGCCGAGAAGGUCUAUCACAGCCUCACCUACCUGGGGCAGAAACUAGGGAGCCAGUCUUUCUUCAGCAGGAAGGAUUCCAUCCGCACCAUCUAUACUUCCUUGCAUAAUGAGCUGAAGAAGGUGGUGACUGGCCGUGGUGCCCUGGGUGGGACUGUUACUCAUGUGGAAGAACUCCUUUCCCACCUGUCAGAGCAGCUCUGCUUCUUUGUUCAGGCUCGGAUGGAGAUCGCAGACUUCUAUGAGAAGAUGUACACCCUCAGCACACAGAAGUUCAUCAAUGCUGAAGAGCUCGUUGGCCUUUUGGAUGCUAUCCUAAAAAAAUACAACUCCAGAUUUCACCACCCAAUCCUCAGUCCUUUGGAAAGCAGUUUCCAGCUGGAAGUUGACGUCCUGUGUCAUCUCCUGAAAGCCCAGGCCCAGGUCUCAGAAUGGAAGUUCCUCCCAUCUCUGGUUAACUUGCACAGUGCGCACACCAAGCUGCAGACCUGGGGCCAGAUCUUUGAGAAACAGCGGGAGACAAAGAAACAUCUGUUUGGAGGGCAGUCUCAGAAGGCCGUGCAGCCCCCACACCUUUUCCUUUGGCUGAUGAAACUCAAAAACAUGCUUCUUGCCAAGUUUAGCUUUUACUUUCAUGAGGCCCUGAGCCGACAAACGACUGCUUCAGAAAUGAAAACGUUGACAGCAAAAGUUAACCCAGACUUCUUUGGAAAGAUUUCCAGCUUCAUCAGGAAAUAUGACGCUGCCAAUGUGUCCUUAAUUUUUGACAACAGGGGUUCUGAGAGUUUUCAGGGUCACGGCUAUCACCACCCCCAUUCCUACAGAGAGGCUCCCAAGGGUGUGGACCAGUAUCCAGCCGUAGUGUCUCUGCCCAGCGACAGGCCAGUCAUGCACUGGCCCAAUGUCAUCAUGAUCAUGACGGACCGCACAUCCGAUCUGAACAGCUUGGAGAAAGUGGUCCACUUCUAUGAUGACAAAGUGCAGAGCACCUACUUUCUAACCCGCCCGGAACCUCACUUUACCAUUGUCAUCAUUUUUGAGUCAAAGAAAUCUGAAAGAGACUCCCACUUUAUUUCCUUCCUCAAUGAGCUCUCACUUGCCCUUAAGAACCCCAAAGUGUUCGCAAGUCUGAAACCUGGAUCCAAAGGUUAGCAGGUGAUUUGUGUGGAAGGGUUUCAAGACCAGAAACUGUUGCUUAAUUGCCCUAAUGAUCUACAGUGGUCUGUGAUUAGCGUUUACAUCCACUCAUGCCUCUUUCAGAACUAAAUUAAGGACAAAUUCCCCCUACCUGUGUUGCACACUUUAUAAGCGAUUAAGGCCAACUGAAUUAAGUAUCCAAAGAGUCAUCUAGGAAGUGGUCCUGGGCUACCAUGUGUCUCCAUGGUACAGCAAAGUAGUUUCAGUAUUUUCCCCUAUUUUCCUGUAUUUCUUGUAGAUUGAAUAUUUAUUGAGCUUUGAGUUUUUUCCCCUAUGUUUUCUGUUGUUCUAAACAUUAUGUUCUACUGAAAUUCCAAAAACUAUUUUUUCCUCCUUCCUGGAAGAAUAAUAGGGAUGAGAUAUUAAAAUGUUCUUUUUAGAAUUAAGGACUUUAUGUUUUCUAUCUCAUAAAUUAGCAAAUGAACAUGGAAUUAGUAGUUUUAUGAUUCUGAUCUAUAAAUUAACAUUGUUGAUGCCAAAAUUAGGGUCUUGGUAAGAAAUAUCUAUCAGUUAUUGAAACUGAAGGUGAAUCAGAUUGGUAGCAUAACAUCAGGCUUUAACAGUUCAGAAGAUCCUCCUGACAACUUUAAUAGCCAUGGGUUCUUUUGGGGUGAGAUAACACACCUAACUGCAUUUGUUUUCACUUCUUGAAUGUUUGAAUGUUUGACUCUGUUUUAAAGUCAGCAUAAGCCAUCAUGUGGGCUUUCUUCUUUCUUCAGCAUAUUAUCUGCUUGGCUUUCUGUUUAUCACUUUUCUGCUGAAAUGUACAUGUUUGGCUCUACUCCUUGGUUAUUUUUAGGCUUAAAAGCAUGCAGUCGGCUUUUCAGCCACUUUUAGAGACUCAUGCAACAUAGCCUACUUUUAUAAAAUCAAAAUGAAGGUCUUCAUACCCUAUGCUUGCUAAAAAUCAAUUGUGUGCUUGAAAGACUUCUUCAUAGUUGAGUACUUGAGCACUUCUGAACUUGGGUUUCAUGCCUGCCCCCACCAAUAAACUAUGUUUAGAGGCAGCACUGCAUCUUAGCACAUGCUGCCUUAUCCCUUUCAUUCAGCAGGUAUUCAUGGGAAGUGGGUGGAUCAGUGAAGGCAUAAUGGGCUGUGAAGACCUUCACUUCUAGGUUAUUGAUUCAAAAUAAAAAGCCACAAAGAGUAAUUGAAUAGUUACUGUUUGAUGGCUCCUUCAAAGUUUGUGUGAAAUGUAAUGGUCAUAUCUGUCUUGUUUCUCAUGAUUAUAUGGAGCCACUGUUGUAUUGGGUGUCCACAGCUAGCAUGCCAGCCCCAUCAGCAGAGACCAGAGAGCCCCUCCGAGUCCAUGUAGGAAGCCUGCCCAUCUUGUCUGGCCUGCCUGGCAGAAGAAAGAAGAACCAGCUGGGCGUGGUGGCUCAUACCUGUAAUCCCAGCACUUUGGGAGGCUGAGAUGAGUGGAUCACUUGAGGUCAAGAGUUCAAGAUCAGCCUGGCUAACGUGGUAAAACCCUGUCUCUACUAAAAAUACAAAAAUGAGCCAGGUGUGGUGGCAGGCGCCUGUAAUCUCAGUUACUCAGGAGGCUGAGGCAGGAGAAUCGCUUGAACCCAGGAGACAGAGGAUACAGUGACCCAAGAUCAUGCAGCUGCACUCUAGCCUGGGUAAAAGAGCGAGUCUCUGUCUCAAAAACAACAACAACAAACAAAAACCAAGAAACUGUUGGCCUAUUUCCUAUUUUCUGGGGAGAACGUGGUUUUCUUUUUCUUGUUUUUUUUUGAGUCAAGACAGGGUCUUGUUCUUUGUCCAUGUUGGAGUACAGAGGCACAGUCACAAUUCACUGCAGCCUCAACCUCCAAGGCUCAAGUGAUCCUCGCACAUCAGCCUUCUGAGUAGCUAGGACUACAAACAUAAGCCAUCACACCUGGGUUUCACUAUGUUGCUGAGGCUGGUCUCAAACUCCUGGACUUACAUGAUCCACCUGCCUUGGCCUCCCAAAGCACUGGGAUUAUAAGCAUGUGCCACCGCACCUGGCCUCUUUUCUUUUUCUUUAAAAAUGGUCAUAAGCUUUGUAAAAAGCCAAUUUGCUUUAAAUAGAAAGUAGUGAUUUACCUCUGCAUUUUAUUCACUCAGGUUCUAUUAAAAAAACUCAACAGAUUUUACAACAUUUACCUUACCUAAGAAAUUGAAAGCAAUUGGAGCUAAAAAGUCAAAUCACUUUUCCUUUCUUUUGUGUUUUGCCAAGAAACUGAAAAAUAUUCCUUGGUAUACAUGUAUUUUUUUCCUCUUAGAUUAAACCACCAUUAGCCUUAAUGACACAGUCCCCCAAAUACCUAAAAGAAUAUAUGCUUCAGUGGAACACUGAGAGGGAUAUAAGUAAAACACAUAUAUCCUAUUUAAAUAACCAGUUCUCACCUAGAACAUAUUUGAAUCAUGUAUUUAUUUUAAAACAACACAAAAAGAAUUUCAAAGAUCAGAAGGCAGAUGUGAAUAUUAAGAAAAUCUAAGACAACGUAAAUUGGCAAAUUACUGUGCAGCUGUCAUAGACUGUACUGGAGGAGUUUUUGAAGAUUCAAUAUUGAUACUUAAAUUAUUUCUUAAGCUCUUCAAUAAAGUUUUCUAAUUAUUAAAAAAACCCACAUAAUUUGGUUCAAGCCAAGAAACAAAGUCAUUUUACUCUAAGAUUUAGUCUCCAAAUACAGUAAUGAGAUUUGUAAAGUCUGUGUUUUGCUAAUUAAAACAGUAAAUCUGCA